GCGUCGACACGAUAAUGCUCGGACGAGCGCUACAACGGCGGUCGAUAUACAUCUGGAGAGACAUCCCAUACACGGACAAGGCGCACCCAAGGCAGAUGUUGGACGUGGUGGUACCAACGGCACCCACCUUUCCUCGAGCGAAGCUGCCUGUGACCGUGUUUGUCCAUGGCGGGGCAUGGCAGCGCGGGGAUAAGAACGGACCUUUCUAUGCUCACGUGGCGCGAACAAUCGCACAAUCCACAUCCACGCUUGCGGUCACGAUGAACUAUCGAUUGUCCCCGGAAGUGAUGUAUCCCGAACAUAUCCGCGACGUCCUCCACGCGCUGCAAUGGGUUCACAGGGAGAUUCACAAGUUUGGUGGCGAUAACGAGCGCAUCGUGUUAAUGGGACACUCGGCGGGGGCGCACUCCGUCAUUAAGCUGGCGCUAGAUGACGGGAUUGACUUCCCAAAUUGCCCUCAGUUGACUGGAGUAAUUGGUAUCUCGGGCGUGUACAACAUCGUGCGGUUGUCGACUGCGAGCAUCUUUGGGUCCAUGGCACUGGACCCCGUGUUUGGCGUGGGAGUGCAAGCUCGGCGAGAAGCAUCCGUGUUGCAGCCUUUCGCCGGAGGAAGCAGGCGUUUGGGAACGAAAGCACAUCUCCCGAUAUUGCUGUUGUACGCCCAAGAUGACUUUCACCUGGAUGACGAUGCGCUCGAGGUGAAGGCGUGGCUGGAUUCCGUUGGAUUCACAAACGUGACCAGCCAAGAGAUCCCUCGAGUCAACCACUUUUCCAUCAUCGGCAACGUAACCCCCGACCUCCCGAUGUCGCCGUCCACGGAAGCCAUCAGCAAGUUCAUUCGAGACACAACCACACAACCAAGAUGUCAUUAGGAUGCAUCAUCCUGUCAGCUUACACAAGUUUCCGGUCUGUCAGCGCUCGUACGAUGCAUCCAUUGCCCGCUUUGGCGACCAAGUGGCCAUGCCAUUCCAGCAACGACGCGUUGUUCUGCGGAACAGACAGCCCUCGAUAUAGGUAUUUCAUCAGCACAUCUUCAAGGUCCGGGGUCAAUGCUUGCACGACGUUGGCGACGUCUGCCUUUGAGCACGCCUGCAGCGCCGCAAAGACAGUUUGGGCAUUCGCCAGCUUUACAUUGUCCGAAGUCGACGACACGGGAGGGUUUUCUAAGGACAAGACGACUGCAUCCACGAACUUCUUUUGCAUCGUAAGCUGCUUGACGCGCAUGGCGCGGGAGCGCACUUCGUCUUCUUCGCUCAUCUUGCGGAACCGCAAUCUGGGGAUUGGGAUCCGACUCGAUAGAAGCCUCGGCAAG